UUCCGGCGCCCCGCGGGCGGCCAUGUUGGAGCAGCGGGCGCGGCGCAGCGGCGGGCGCGGGUUUGGCGGCGGCCGGUAUCAAGGGUUGUUUUUCCAGUAAUUUGGACCUUUKGGAAGUACCUGCUUGCCUAAUGCCAUGAAUAUUGCAGUGAACAAUGAGGAAGAAAAAGCUGUCCAUUCAUGGUCAAGAAUUUCCUCUGCAGGACAGAAAGUGCUGGAGGAAGCCCUCCGAGUCUUCAACCCAAUGUCCAAGGACCUUUCAGACACAGAGACCCAGCUGGUGGCUUUCAUCCAGGGCCUGAAGGAGGAGGGCUACCAGCCCACAAUUCUGAGGAGUAAGGAUGUGUACGGGUACAGCUCGUGCACGGCAGACACACCGAGUCAGACRAAAGAAAACACACAGCACAACUGCGCCAGCGCCGCUGAGUCCUCUCAGAGUCCUGUCAGGAACUCGGUGGCCAGGGUGUCCCCUUCACCCACCAGCGUUCCAGUGAGCUCUUUGAAAGUCUCCACUCAGCCAGUCUCCAAAGGGGAUUCCACWAAUCUCCUCUUGAGCUCCUUGAAGCAGACAGGAUCCAGCACAUCCAAGGCGACAGCAGUGGGCUUUCCUACAAGCGUGUAUCCUGAUGUGUAUCCAGCCAUGAGACUGUCAGUGGUUCUGGAAGCCCUGGUGCCACUGAAAACCACAACGUCCUGUUUGGAAUCUAAAUAUACACGAGGGCGUCUUGGGAUCUCACCCUCAGACCUUAAACUCCUCAAGACUUCAAGUCCACCGAGGCAGUUUUCUUCAAGCAAGAGCACUAAAAUAACCGAAGGCAAKGGAUACAAGCAUUCCAUCAAGAAAGCUCCAGAUUCUGCCACCCGCACUUUAAACCUGAAAGGACCAAAGGGUGGAGUGCUGCAGGAGAGCAAUGCCUGCAAAGCCUCGGGAGUUCUCAAUGGGAGAGUCAAAGGUGGCUCAUCCCAGGGCUGCACCACAGCACCGCAGCCCAGGACCUUGAAAAUCAAAGAUAAGGAAGCUCUGCUGGGAAAAACAGAGUGGAAGGACGGCAGCACUUAUCGGGAGAGCACUGAGCAGAAGAAGAGAAGAGCUACAGAGGCAAGAGAAGCACCACAGAGGAAAAAARCAAAUAGCAUUCCUAUCCGGAAGAAAACUCGACGGGCUCAGAGCACUUUGAACCUGCUGAAAUUCCGGACCAUCAAGGUGGGCAACUCUUCCUCUGAUGAUGAAAUGAGGAGGAGAGCACAGAAGAUUCUUAGGGUCAACCUGUCCCCCGUGAUCCGAAUUCAGCCCUUGUCCCAUUCUCACAGUGUCCCCUGAGUUUCUUCACUUUGUCACUUUUUUUUGUAGGUAAAUAAAUACAAGCCUGGCACCAGAGCGCAGAGAGGUUUAGGAAUGACUCUGUGUCUCUGGUGCCAAUAUGCCAACUAACCUGCAGACAGAGCAGCUCACUCUCAUGCUGUUCCURCCUGUCUGCCACUGCUGUGCAGAACUGGCUACAGAAAUCCAAACCCCUGUUCGGGAGCGCAGGAUGGUGACUCCGGCCAUCAUCAAACCGAGCAGGCYGGAGGGCUCCCUUCCUGCCAUGCACCCCUGAACGUGGUAGGCUGUGCUCUCGUGCAGGGGAGAACACAGGACUUUCUCAUGACAUUGAUGCACUGUGAUACUGCUCUUUUUCAAGCUGUACAUUUACUGGUUUUAUUUCGAUCAAAUUUUAUAACUUUAUUAUCUAUAUAUCUAUAUAUCCAUAUAUGUGCAUAUAGCCCAAGAACUGUGGGAAGAUGCACUUCCUCCAUCCCUCUGGGAUUGGGUUUAAUAGCUUUUGUUCCUUCUCCCUUCAGGUAGUCUUUUGUUGAAAGGUGCCAGGAUUCCUUUGUGGUUCAGUGUUGUGACAGUCUGUCUGGGCUCCCUUGAGCAGCUCGGAGGCAACAGCAUUAUAGCCCCUUGUUUGUCUCCAGAAUGCCAAACAAUUUGGAGAAGUACCAGCUGGUAGUUUUAAUCCUAUUUUCGGUAUUACCUCUGCGUAACAGUAGGGGAGUGUCACGGGGCUGCAAGUCUGCCUGACGUCUCUCGGUKCCUCCUCUCUGUGGGUAGCAGAAGUUCUGAACUCGUGGUAGAGAUUUGCCUCUGAAGUGAUUCCUCCUCGGCACCCAGCAUUACUCUACUCCCCUGUACCCCAGGUGCAGCUAUGGAUCAUGAACUGUGACUGUUAGAGCCGAAGGGCUGGAAUUGUUAGCAGGAAUUGUAGUGUCCUUCCCAUCAUGUAACUGCUUUGCUGUUGCUGAGAGUUUCAGGAGCAGAUUCCCGAUACUGGUAGAGAAUAAUGUUGGUUUUGGCCAGUGUUGAACCAUGACAGAGACACAGGCUGUGUUUGAAUGUAUUAGCUAUAUCCUGCCAGUCCCAGAGCUCAGUGGGAUAUUUGAGCCUGAGUUAAAGUAGAAAAGCAAAAGUUUUGGGAGGAUAUAUACCAGCACUUAAACACAGAGUCGCUUUCUGUGAUUUGUGGAGGGUGAAGCUGUUGGAGGGGAGAUGGACACCAUGUUGUGGUGGGUGGCAGCUUUGCUGUGCUGUCAGGGGUGUUGUGAGAAGGUGUGUGGCAAGUGUGAAAGCUCUGUGUAAGGAGUACAGGCUCUGCUGUCCCCAGGAGGCACURCAGAACCACUGCAGAUGGCUGCUGUCACCUUCAUGCACUGGGGGCACGCUGUUGGAUGGGARCAUGGGUCUGCGCUCCACGAUGGGGGAUCUGCAGAUCCCAGGAGAAUCACCUCCUUGGAGCWGUUAGUACUGCUGCUGUCACCUGGAAGGGGCAACCUGGUGUCUUGGGGAAAAAAAGGGUGUUGGGCUGGGCAUGGGCCUGGCUCUGCACACCGCUGUGUGCUCAGAUCUCUGCAGCAAUGAGCUUGUAAUCCACUCAUUCUCCCACCAGCUCAAAAUAUCAGUUGUCUGACCUAGUAAUCUCUGUGAACACUGGCUGAAGGGAUGAGCUCCCCAGGGGAGUCCCAGCUCCUUAUGUUUAAGCCCCCUCCUGAGCACCUGGUUGGAUUUCAGUGGUUUGUAAAAGGCGUCAGUGUCUGAUCCUCAGCACAGAAAGGCAGCCUGGUGUGGAGAGGAUGUKCAUGACAGGGUGAGAGCUGAGCAUUCCGAGGUGCAUCUGGGCUCUCCUCUCACCCACAUAGAGCAGGGUGUAGGCUCUCCUUCACUGAGCAACCUGGUCUAGUGGAAGGUGUCCCUGCCCAUGGYAGGGUGGUUGGAAGAAGAUGAUCUUUAAGGUCCUUUCCAAUCCAUUCUGUGAUUUUAUGAUUCAGGGGGUGAUUGCAAGCCCUGAACCCCACACUUGGGUUCUGAGUUGCUGUCAGGGAUCAUAGCUUGCAAUGUUUGAGACUGACCUGUGAAUGCCGCUGCUUGGCUGCAGAGGAAGAGGAAAUAUUUUCUUCUGCUUCUGUGUUUUAAAAUGCCCUGGCAGAGAGUUCUCUGUCCUGACCUGAUGCUGGAUGAACAGGGGCUCUCCAUCACUGUCAACUGGCCAAAAAUUGCUUUGUUCCUUUUGUUUCCACUCCUUCAGACCUUUCUCAUUCCCACGCUCUCAAAUGCCAGGUCUUGAAGUCCUGCACUGGUGUUCCUCUUUUGGCUGUUUCCUGAGGAGGGCUCUGAACUCCUGCCUGUGGUAUUGCUGUCAGGCUGCUCAGCAGCUUCCCCCGUUCCCAGACCCUUAUAAGGGCACUGAGAGCUGUCUCUGRAGCUUCCUCAUGCAGCGCAAACGUCCCAGCUGAGCACUUGGCCUCCUCUGGGAAAAACARCGUGCAUCAACAAGGCUGAAUCCAGGUCGAGGUCACUUUUCCUCCAGCGUGAGCAGGAAGCUGAGCACCUGAGGCCGACUUACCAGGCCACAUCCCUACUCCUCACUGUCUUGUCCCAGCUGCAUUGCUGCCUGCCUCCCCCCUCUUUUUCAUCACCUCUUGUCUUUCACAGCUUGAGUCUUUGCCAGGYAAGGACUGGGCUUGUACUGUUGCUYACCACAUCCAGCAYAGC